ACUAACUACAGACAUGGUAUAAUCAGCAACCGGCAAGAUGGCUGACAGCUACCCGCCUGCAGAAGAUGAUAUUUAUCAGGAGGAGGACGAGGAGGUCGAUGACUCUGUAUGCGAGAUACUAUUGCUUCAUCUCUGUCUCAUUACUGACUGCACAGGGCUACAAAUCUGUCAAAGAUGCCAUACUCUUUGCUAUUGAUAUCAGUGACUCCAUGCUGAUGGAUCGUCCAUCAGAGUCAAACAAAGGACAGCCACAGUCGCCUGCAAAAGCUGCCAUCAAAUGUGCCUAUCAUCUCAUGCAGCAACGCAUUAUUUCCAACCCAAAGGAUAUGAUGGGUGUAUUAUUUUAUGGAACAGAAGCUUCUAGAUUUUACGAUGAAGAUGAAAAUAGCUGCGGAGGUCUUUCGUAUCCCCAUUGUUACCUUUUCACAGAUCUAGAGGUCCCUGAUGCAAAUGAUGUAAAAUCAUUACGUGCAUUAGCUGAAGACGAUGACGAAGCAGAGCAGAUAUUGGUAUCCUCGAAGGAGCGGGUUUCAAUGGCAAAUGUGCUGUUUUGCGCUAAUCAGAUAUUCACAUCGAAAGCUUCGAAUUUUCUAUCGAGACGGCUUUUCAUAAUCACGGAUAGUGAUAACCCCCAUGCGGAUGACCGUACAAUGCGGUCUGCAGCUACUGUUCGAGCAAAGGAUUUGUACGACCUGGGUGUCAUUAUCGAAUUGUUCCCAAUCUCGAGACCGGACCACGAGUUUGACAGGUCAAAGUUUUAUGAUGACAUCAUCUACAAAACCGCACCGGGAGAUCCAGAAGCAUCCGCUUUCACAGCGGCUGGAACUCAAGUUCCGAAUGCUAGCGGUGAUGGUAUCUCCUUGCUUAAUUCACUUCUAUCAUCCGUCAACUCCAGAUCUGUUCCCCGUCGGGCUUUGUUCAAGAUACCCCUGGAGUUCAGCCCAGACUUCAAGAUAUCUGUCACCGGGUACUUGAUCUUCAAGCGCCAAGAGCCAUCUAGGAGUUGUUAUGUGUGGCUUGGUGGUGAGAAGCCAGAAUUAGCAAAAGGUACAACAACCCAUGUUGCGGACGAUACUGCAAGGACUGUUGAGAAAGGAGAAAUACGAAAAGCGUACAAAUUUGGCGGGGAACAAAUAUCCUUCACUGCAGAAGAACAGGCGAAAUUGCGUAAUUUUGGCGACCCAGUCAUCAGAAUCAUAGGCUUCAAGCCAAGAUCAUCCCUGCCAAUCUGGGCCUCUAUCAAACAUCCUACUUUCAUAUACCCGAGCGAAGACGAAUUCGUUGGGUCGACUCGGGUAUUUUCAGCCUUACAUCAAAAAUUGUUGAAAGACGAGAAGAUUGGCAUCGUUUGGUUCAUCGCACGAAAGAACGCCACGCCCGUAUUGGCUGCUAUGCUUGCCGGUGAGGAAAAGUUGGAUGAUAAUGGAGUCCAGUUCCUCCCGCCUGGAUUGUGGAUUCUACCUCUUCCAUUUGCAGAUGACAUCCGUCAAAACCCGGAGACAAAUCUGGUGGUAGCCCCAGAGCCACUUAUCGAUCACAUGCGCACUAUUGUCCAACAACUGCAACUCCCCAAAGCUCAAUACGACCCUCGCAAAUACCCAAACCCCGCCUUACAGUGGCACUACCGCAUACUACAAGCCCUAGCGCUAGAUGAGGAGUUACCAGAGCAAGCUGAAGACAAAACAAUACCCAGAUACAAACAAAUUGACAAACGCGCAGGAGAUUAUGUCCUUGAAUGGGGCGAGGAACUCGAAAAACAACAUCAAAAGAUGUAUACAGGUCAACCCAAGACCUCAACCUUGGCGAAGCGAGGCAAGCCUGAGCACGAGCCUGCCGCAGAAGAGAAGCCAGUUAAGAAAGUAAAGACUGAAAGUGCUAGUAAUGGUAGAAAUGCGGCAGAUGAGGUUCAGAGUCAUUAUAAUAGUGGCAGUCUGUCAAAGUUGACUGUUGCGGUUUUGAAGGAGUAUUUGACGAAAAAGAAGAUGUCGGUUAUGGGUAAGAAGGCAGAUUUAAUUGAGAGGGUGGAGAAGUAUUUUGAUCGAAAGGGUUGA